AUGCUGUCGACUAGCCUGAAGUCCCACAGCCAAUACAACCAUGUGAUCACAGGUGCACCGUUGCCUGCCCGCAUCAACACCAACGAUGUAGGCCAAUACUCAGGGGUUGCAACCGUCACCCGUGUUCCAGCCCGCGCACUUUGCGCCAACUGGCCGCCUGACCUUUUUGAAACCGGACGAGUGCAAAUCACAGGAUCCUUCAUCAACCAAGUGUGGGUCACUGGGGCUGUAAUGUACGGGUACCCCCAAGGUAAGGUGCACCAAAAUGCAUUGAGCAGAUCCUCAGCCAUGUUGAAUUUCCUGAUCGAUCACCUGACCAAUGUUGCCACGGGGCCCCGAUACCUUUGUGGGGACCUCAAUCAUGAACCAGCCCAAUUGCCAGUCCUCAAUCGCCUGCAGGAACUAGGCUGGCGUGAAGUGCAAGACCUGGAGUGCCUCCACACUGGCACCCAACCCCAACCAACUUGUAAGGGAUGUACCAGAAAAGACAUGCUUUGGAUUUCCCCUGAGUUAGUCUCAUCCUUUCAAACUGUGGUGGUGGACCAUGAUCAUUUUGCUGAUCACUCAGUCUUGCGUGCCUUCUUUAAGGUUGAUGGGGCCUUUGCACAUAGGUACUUGUGGCCCAUGCCAAAGCCAGUCCCAUGGGCAACCGUCCCUCCACUUGACCAGCCGCUGGAUUUCUCUACUGGGCCUCCCACUGACCAGUACAAAGAGUUGUGGAGUGCCAAAGAAAAGCAAGCCAAAUCCCACCUUGCCGACAAAGAUUUUCAGAUGCAAGGCAGAGGCCAAAGGACCCAACCCUUGCUUAGGAAAGGAUGGGCCGCACCACCAAGGAAAGGCCGUUCCUGUGACUUCCAGCCUGCCUUUCAUGGACAUAGUGUUCAGCACAGCCGAUGGCUUCGCCAACUGCGCAGAAUGCAUAACUACCAUCGAUGGGCACUCACCCACCAUGGAACAGCCACAGGUGAUCAACUGCUGCAUGGUUGCAUGCUCUGGAGAAGCAUCAUCAAAGCGCCUGGAUUUCCCAACUCUUUCCAAGAGUGGUGGUUGUCACGACAAUGCAUUGGACUUCAGGACCCUGGAUUUGUGCCUGUGCAUCCACCCUCCGCAGAUGCUGCAUGCCAACUGUGUGAAGCCUUUCUUGGCGAAGUCCGUGCCUUAGAAAGAACCCUCAAUGCAGCCAAGUCAGCAGCACGGGUUAGUGCCCACAAACGCAAUGCCAACCUGAUCUACCAAGACACCAAACGACCCAUGCCAGAACCUGUCACAAGCUUGCUUGUACUGAAGAAGGCCAAGGUAACUGAACUCCGACCGGAAGAUUCAGCAGUGUUGGUUGACCCGCCUGCCCCUUUCGAUGCUCAGGUACCAGUAGUCAUUGACUCAACCCCAGCCACCAUCAUCCAUGCUGCUGAGGACACCCUGUAUCUCAAUGACAUGUCUAAGAUCCAAGUUGGCCAACAGGUGACACAAACCCAACCGCUUGGCGCCCUUGAGGACGUGUUUGCAGCUUUCCAUGAACAAUGGAAACAGAGAUGGUGUAAGCAUGAUGAUGUGCCCCAUAGCCAUUGGGAACGCCUGGUUGCCUUUGCCCGAGCGCAUAUGCCAUCCCAGCGCCUGGCGCCGGUCACCAUAACACCGGAGCUCUUGCGAGCAGAAGUUGCCGCCAAAAAGGCCCGGGCUGCAACUGGCCUUGACGGAGUUAGCAGGAGCGACAUCAUCCAGAGCGACCACAACACCCUCCAAAGCUUGUGCCACUUGUACAACCGAGCAGGCUCCGACGGGUCGUGGCCAAUCCAAAUGGUCACUGGCAGCGUGGCCUCGUUGGCCAAGAGAGAAGGUGCGGCCAGCACCCAAGACUAUAGGCCUAUUACUAAUUUUUCCAUGGUAUAUAGAGCCUUCAGUUCUCUCCAUGCCAGAUCCCUGCUUGACCAAGCAAGCCAGUGGUGCCAUGCAGACAUAUACGGAAAUCGCAAACAUCACCAAACCAGCCAGCUCUGGCGGGUCUUGGUCACCAGCAUCCAGCAAGCUUAUGACCAGAAUCAAUGCUUGAGCGGGCUCACCGCCGACAUAGAGAAAUGCUUCAAUUGCCUACCGAGGUACCCCAUCAUUGCAGCAGCAGUGCAGGCAGGAACCCCCAUGACCACCAUGACUGCCUGGUGCGGAGCCCUCUCUGCAAUGACCCGUCGGUUCAAGGUGCGUGACUCUUUCAGUGGCGGUUUUACUACCAGCACCGGGUUAGCCGAAGGAUGUGCCUUGAGCUGCUACGGCAUGUUACUCAUGGAUGAUCUCAUGCACCGUUUUGUCGCUGCCCAAUACCCUCAACUUCGGGUGCUCAGUUUUGUGGACAACUGGGACUUUUUGACAUGGAAUGCCCAAGCUGCCACUCAACAGCUGGAUGCACUGCUGGAAUUUGCGGCUCUUGCGGAUCUCACAGUCGACCGCCAGAAAACAUAUGCAUGGUCCACCUCAGCUGAAGUGCGGGCCUCCCUCCGAGCUCAGGGCAUCCCGGUCCGACAUGCUGCCAAAGACUUAGGAGCCCAUGUGGCGUUUUCCCGCCAACAUACAAACAGCACAGUCACCGGCCGCCUUGAGGCCCUUGGUCAGUUUUGGCCACAGCUCAAAAACAGCAAAGCAGGGUAUAAAGCCAAACUCCGAGCACUGCGGACAGUGGCAUGGCCGCGUGGCUUGUAUGCAGUUGAAAGUGCUCCCAUCAGUGACAGCACUUGGCUCGCACAGCGACGACAUGCCAACCAAGCCCUAGGGAUGGAUAAACCUGGUGUUAAUCCCUUACUCCUCCUUGGACUUGUUGAAGCCUAUGCCGAUCCUGAGUUUGUUGCCCUCAUCCGAACAGUUGGUGAGACGCGCCUCAACUGCCCUUUGGACUUUUGGGCGAGUGACCUUUUCCCUCUUGCCAAUGGACUUUUGCAUAGCCCCCCGUCCUCACCGGCGGCUGUCUUGCUCGGGCGCAUUCAAAAGAUCGGGAUUGCAGUUGUCCCCACCGGACACUGGCAGGAUCGCAUCGGCCUUUUCCACCCUGGCCAAAUCAAUUUUGCUGAACUGUGCCACCGCUUGCAAUGGCAAUGGAACCAGUGGGUUGCGACUUCAGUCCAACACCGCAAAGAUUUCCACGGCCUUGCCAUGGUCGAUGUGACUACCACCAGACAAGCCCUUGCCCAUUUUGCCAUUGAUGAGCAAAGCAUGUUGCGCCUUAGCCUCGCAGGCGGUCUCUUCACACAAGAUGCACAUGUCCACUGGAAUGAAGGCGAUGGGACAUGUAAGUGGUGUGGCCAGCCUGACUCCUUGCGGCACCGCUACUAUGCUUGCCCCAACACCCUGAACUUGCGUACCAAACUUGCCCCUGAUGUUGUGCAGCACCUUGGACUUUUGCCCGAUGCCUUGGUUUUACGCGGAUGGGCUCUUUCUCCGCCCACUCACCUUGCUUGGCUUCGGUUGUUGGAUGCUGUUCCUUGUAAGGUUCCGUCGUUGGUGGGUUGUUUCCGUGGGGGUGUGCUCAAUGAGGUUUUCACUGACGGUUCUUGUUUGUGGCAGGCCGACCCAGCCAUCCGGGUGGCCUCGUGGGGUGCUGUUUUGGCUGAACCUUGUGCUCCGUCUUGGGACUUCCAACAUGGUGGUGUGCUUGGUGCGGGUCAUGUCCCUGGACUUUGUCAAACGGCUUACCGUGGUGAACUGUUUGCCCUUGCUGUGGUUUUGCAUCAUGCAGCACUUGGGACCUACAGGGUAAAAAUCUACUGUGACUGUUUGGGGGUUGUAAAUAAAUACCACCGGCUCACCUCGGGUAAGACAGCCUUGAAACCAAACUCUGCCAGUGCUGACCUGUGGCAGUGGGUGAUGGCAUCCUAUGCAGCUUUGGGUGCCGACAACGUCGAAGUGCAGAAGAUUCCAGCUCACCGCAAGCUUUUGCAGGCUCGCAGUCGUGUCGAAGUUUGGCAGACAUGGUACAACAACCUGGUGGACGGAGUGGCUAAACAUGCCAACUUGGAUCGAUCAGCAGAGUUUUGGGACCUAUGGCAGGAGCAUGUCAGACAAACGUUUGCCGCACGGAAGCUGCACAACCAGGUUUGUGCCCUCCAUGUGGCAGUGGCUCGGCGCAGCGUCCAGACAGACUCCCAGACGACAUUGGAUGAGAUGCCGGUGCAACGAGAGCGGCCAACGCGCUCCUUUCCCAUGCAGUUCCAGAUUGAUGCAUGUGGUGGUGACAUCCCUUUACAGUUUGCAACUGAGUAUGGAGCAGGUCUGGCGCAUCGGAUUGGACGCUGGUGGCGACAUCGAACAACCGGCUCAGAUGCAGGAGAAGUUCGAUGGAUCACCAUAGCUCACUUGUACGUUGACUACCAACUUACGUUUGGUUGCCCAGGACCGGUGAAGUCCGGCCGGCAGUGGAUGGACGCCCUGACACGUCCGUACAUGGACCCAGAGCGCAACCCGUUUUUGGUGCGUUUGAAAUGGUUCAGGCGUUGCUUGAAAGUGUUCUUGAAGCUGACAGGCCAGAAAGUGGGAAUGGCCGCAUGCAGAGCUGAAGGAGAUUCCAUCCAAAGUUUUGUCAACUCGGCAUCAGUCAGAUGGAGCUCUUACAGCUGGAGGGGCUCAGAGCACUGGAUAGCAAUGGAGCUAGCUGGUCCAUGCACUCGAGGAUCCAAGCCGCUUCAGGCGCUACCGUUGGCUCGAAGACAACCACGGUAUGCGCUGCCUGGGGACGACGUUUCGUCUCACCGCACGGACGACCUCUCCUGCACGGCCUGCGCCGAUUUCGGCUCAAAGGGUGUGGAAGUGGAAGAACUCACCACGACUCUGCGUCGCCAGCUGUCUCGGGGGCCCCGACCACGGCCAGCGUCGCUGAUCCUUGGCGUUCCGGAAAUUGGUGCAAUCCAAUCGUACUUUCAGCUGAUGUUGUCCUCUCUCCUUGCGGUGCUGUGGACCACCCACGCUGCAACCAUCGACCACGAGCACCGCGCCGUGCACGUCGACGCCCGUGGAAGCGCUGCGUCGCUGGCGCAGUGGGAAGAGCUUGCCGCGCCGGAAGGGCCACCGGCAGAGCUGCCCAUUUCCAUGCACGACUGGAAGGGCCCACGGGUGAACUUGCCAAAGGACCUCAGACUCUAUCGCGGUCCCACUGGACCCAAGGGUCCAGCAGGACCUCAAGGCUACACCGGGCCUCCAGGCCCCAUCGGCCCCAAGGGUCCGCCUGGUGGCGUGAAGCGCGGUCCCGCGGGGCCGCCGGGAAAUCAGGGGCCGCACGGGCCGCCGGGACCCAUGGGACCCAAGGGUCCACAAGGACCGCGAGGACCAGCCGGACCCGAUUUCGACAGUGACAAGUUGGGAGAUGAGAUGAUCGACAAGGCCAAGGACUUGUUGCGCCAGGUCGAUACACUGAACCAGCAGUCAGACGAAGCCGCGGCCAUGUUGGUGGAAGAGAUGAAAGAGACACCCGGCACCUGCGGUAACUUUCCAUGGCCGCGGAAGGGUCAAACAUGA